GGCGACGUGGGUCGAUACAGAAUCCAACAUCCGAGCUCUCCUGCAGCUCAAACCCCAGCGGUAGAUCCUGUGAGAGGUAGAAAAAUGGGAUUUUGGUAACCCAAAUGCUGCUACUCAAUCUUCUUUGGAAGCUUUCCUGCUAUGGCUUCGUGUUCUACUCUAUCCUUUUGCCUUUCCUUCAACUCUCCACUGGUUUCAAGCAGCUGUAGCAGUAAGAACAAGUGUAGAACAGCUUUCAUCCCUGUUUCUGCAAUUUCUUAUCGGAAAUUUGUGCAAUUCGCUUUGGAUGAAACCAAACUUCAUACCCAUCUCUUCCCUUCGCCUUUACAGGAAAAGUAUAAUUCCAUGAUUUCAAUGGACAAAAAAGUAAAGCUUGAAAUGUUAUCUUUCCAAGCUCCAAAGAUCAGACUACUUCGCAGUUUAAAUAUUGAGAGUGAAACAAUGCAGGUUUUAGAUUUUGCUGCAUUCCCAGAGACAGAAUUUGAUGUUCCCAUAUUUUGUGCAAAUAUCUUCACUGCUGCAAGUUCAAGUAUAGUAGUACUGGAUCUCAACCCUUUGCAUGAUGUCAUCAACCAAAGAGAUUAUAGGGAGAAGUACUACAAAAGCUUAAUGCAUCUUGGAACCAAAUAUGCUGAGCUCUUACCCUGGGGCGGAAAGCUUACGAGUGAGUCGUUGAAAUUUUUCUCUCCCAUUGUGAUAUGGACCAAGUCUUCCUCAACCGAGUCGACGUAUGAUGUAUUGUUUUCGGCAUUCGUGGAUUACUACAAGGCAUGGCUUGAGCUCGUGCACAAUGCUGCGGAGGAAACGAUCCCGUCUCGACUUAUGGUUAACCGAGAAGCGCAACACAGAUACCUGUCGUGGAGGGCAGAAAAGGAUCCGGGACACGGUCUUCUAAAAAAAUUAAUCGGGGAGACACUCGCAAAGGACUUGGUGAGAAAUUUCCUGUUCAACGGUGUCGACGAGCUCGGAAGCAAAAGGUUUCUGGAUUACUUUCCAGAGUACUACUGUGAGGAUGGUACCGUGAACACGAAACGCAGUAUGGCUGGGAAGUCGUACGAGCAUCGACCUUGGGAUAAAAGAGGUGAAUUCAUUGGAGACUUGACCAAAAGCUGAUGUUAUUAGUUCUCUUCCAUACAGAAGUGAAUUGGUGUAGGUAUUAUGUAAGCUGUAUAUUAGACUGAGCUCAAAGUUUGGUGGUGUCUAUCAUCCUUGGCUCUCCAUUAUGAGGCACAGUUUUUGAAUUUUGUGUCAAAAUCUGAGUUUUGUCAUUAAAUUUCUAUAUAACAUUUAGAGAACUCAAAAGGGACUUGGAGAUAGAGAUAGGGAACGGAUCACGGUGAGCCACCCCCAUCUAUGGAGAUCGGCAAAUGUUUUUGUAACAGCU